UGUGUGUGUGUGUGUGCGCGCGCGCGCAAUUAAGGUCUGACGUAAGUGGGGUAUUUAAAAAGUUCGGCAAGUAACAAAAACAAUUUUACGAUAUUAUGUUAUGGAAAAAGCGGAUCAAAAACACUAAUAAUUCAGAAUAAAGCUUGGAAGACACAUGUGGAAUAGCCAUGGAUACCGAAAAAGUAGAUUUCAAUCUACAGGACAACGAAGGAGAGAAGCGUGAGCUUGCGGCUGGUACAGGGAACAGCGAAAUUCCCAUAAAUCAAAAUGCGAGGCAACGAACCGAGAAAGUGGGCAAAAAAUGCUCUAAGCCUGUUCAUUUAUCUUUCCUGCCGGAGAAAUAUGAGCCAUUGAUAGAAGCUGACGAAGAAGUUGAAAGAAGGAAAGAAGAAAAGAAAAGUAAGAGGAAAGAAAGGAAUAAGAAAUAUAGAAAGAACCUGGGCAAGGCUCUGCGAUUCAGCUGGAAAUGUCUGGUGGUUGGGCUGCAGACCUUAACAGCAGGCUACUCUACACCCAUCUCAGCUGCAGUCAACUUAGCCUCUGGCUUCCAGGGAACAAAGUCCAAAGCGUGAUGGGAUUGAGCACCCACGAUCCUAGGCACUACUGGAACAGGACCCUCCAACUGAUGACCCUCGGAGCACCAGUUAGCAAUGACUGUGAUGUAUUGCAUUUUGGGGUCAUUGGCACAUUGCCGUGACGAUGGUCUUAGAUUUUGGUGCCUAUAACUGAAUACUUUUAGGUUUGCUCUGUAUUAUUGUUUGGAAAUCAUACUGUUGUUAAAAAAUACAGGACACUCCCUUAUCCAUCCUUCAUAGGGUCAUUGCAUUAAGCUCCUUGAAUCAUUUUUUAAAUAUCACACUUAUCCUUUUUUCCAUCACUCUCUCCAAGAUAAGCAUACAAAAUGGAUUUGCCUUUUUUAAAAGCAUCUGAUUUAUCUGACUGAUUCAGUAGUUUACUUAAUUUUGCUUAAUUUUGACUUGAGUUUUCAUUGUUCUUUGAAUUGCUUUUUAAAAUGUGAAACUUUAGAAAACUUAAAUAAUGUUCACAAGCUACCUGUGUUUCAUGCUUAAUGGUUUGGAAACCUCUGAUGAAGCGUCAGUCAUGUUCGCGUAUGAAGCCUUUUGGGAAGUUUCAAAUUGUUUUCUAGGGUUAGCAUUUCGGAGUGAUAUACAUCAUAAUAUUCAGUCAGUCAGAGGACCUAGGUCUCAUUGUCUUGCGAUUGCACUUCUGUCCCUGAUGUAAAAUCAAUGAUUGUAUUGAAGUUUCACAGAUUUGACCCAUUACAAUGUAGCCAAAUCUUCUUGGUUGUCUUGUUUCACUGUUCACCCCAAUCACAAAAUUAAGAGAUUGUUUAAAAUGGUUUUGUAAUGCAAUGUGUGACUGAGUCUCAGAUGCUAUUUGUAGAAAAAGAUGUUUUUUAGUGAACUGUCCAGUAAUUCUUUUAGUACAGUGUUUCUUAACUUAGGUGUAGAAAUGCACAUAAAUGCACCAAAUUCCAUUUUAGUCAUUGAUAUUGUACACACUGACAUUAGUAGAAUGAACAUUCUGAGGAAAAAUGCACAGCAUGUUCUUGAUUUUUAGUAUAUGAUGUAUGAUGUACAUGUUGCUAGGAUACUGUGAUUAAAGAAAACUGAAGUAAACUGAAA